CCACCAUAAACGAGGAUUGGGGUUAGGUCUUGAAGUUUUCAGAUGCAUCUAUAGAUGAAUCAUAAUAACAUCAAAAUGUCGGGACGUUCAGGCCGCGCUGAGACCCGAAGUCGGGCUAAAGACGACAUUAAAAAGGUCCUGGCAGCCAUCGAAAAAGUGCGGAAAUGGGAGAAGAAAUGGGUGACAGUUGGAGACACAUCCUUGCGCAUAUUCAAGUGGGUGCCAGUAACAGAAACAAAGCAGAUAUAUCGAACCAAAUCCACUGGUGGGGAUGUCAGGGGUUUGAAAGAUGUGGUCCUGGAAAACACAAACUCUUUGCUGGAUUUUACUGAUGAAAACAGCAACCAGAGCUUUCUGUCAGAUGUUUCUCAGCCAAAAAUGGAUAACAGCAGCAGCACCUCUAGCUCGCAGCAGGUGAGCCCCCCACAUACCUACAGUCUCCGAGCUGAAGACUCUCAGCCACCCAUGUUAGGCCAGGAGAGUGUGGAUGAGCCAGUUCAUUCAGGACAGGAAGGUGCAGAUGAGCCACCUACACUCAUCAAGGAAGACCCUCUUUCAUCAGGAGCUGUCAGACGAAAUACUCCAGACACACAGGAAGAACUGGAUGAAUCAGGAGCACCUCCUUUAAAAAGGAUUUGCACAGGAGAAAAUGCUGUUCUUAGAUAGCUUAUUUAUAACUAGUUUGUCAAAAAUGCACUAGUUACCUGUCCUCAGUUGUUGUAAAACAAAACUUUCAAAAUUGAUUCUGUUUCUCUUUAAAUAUUUACCCAAAUAUCACUCAUUACAUUUCAGCUAAUGACAAAAAAGUAUUAUUUUUUUUAUAUAAUUAUUAUUCAGUUUCACUUUAGAGUCUUUGCAGUCUUGCUAGCUUGAAUGAUUUUUUUAAAGAAUGGAGAUAACUUUUUAAAUUGUAUGUGUACAAAGCUAUAUUAUGUAUUUCCUUUCACAUGUUGUAAAUUUCUGGUACCUGCCUCUGGUUUCUUUCUUACGCAGUUAAAGUUUUGCAUGUUUCCAUACCUUUUUGCUCCAUUUAUUUUUUUUAGAUUUACUGACUGUCUUGAAAAUGUGUUUCUUGUAUAGCUUCAUGCAGAUUGGUGGUUUUAAGUGUGCUUUUAGGGUAUGCAUUAAAUAUAAUGUGCUUUUCCGAAACAAAAUAUUUUGGCUUGUCACACUAGAAAAAAAUACAUUUAAAAUAUCUGUCAAAAUUACCCAUGUUUUAGUCAAAAUGUUUUGUAAAUCAUAAUAAACGUUAUUUUCCAUUUCCAUGAA